AUUACAUCGAGUGAAAUAGAAAGCAAAAGAAAAAAAAAGCCGAAGCUCUCUGAGAAAAGAGAAAGGUUGUAACCUGUCAGUGUAAAAGGCUGUAGCAGUUUGUAAUACUGAGGGGCCGUUUGGGUGGGCUUAAAAUAAGUGCUUCUUGCUUAAAAUAAAUAAGUGGAGUAGAAGUUAGAAGCAAGAUAAGACUUAUAAGUGAUUAAAGUGUUCGGGAAAUAAGUAGAAGUCCUGAAACAAAAGCUAGCAUUCCUAGCUUUUUAUAAGUGCUUCUUGACUUAUUACACAAACGGUACGAAUAAGUGCUCAUAACUUAUAAUCCAGAAGCUGGACUUAUAAGUCCAACCCAAACACCGACUGAGAUAUUAAUAUAUAAAGUGUGUGCUUGUUAUACUGGAAAUUUAGUUUUAUUUUCGUAGAAACCCAUACACGUUUCCAACAACUCAUGCAUUUAAGUUCUGGCUCUGGAUUUCAGUGAAGUUGCCAAGGAAGUGAUUUGAAGUUUCCAGCUCCAUUAUUUUCAAAAAGUAGUAGUAUGAACUUGGACAAUACAGUGAACACGUGAUUAAAGUUUCCAUGCGAGAACGAAGUUUUGAGUGAGAGCUUUCCAUGUUACAAUUUUUUUCUUAUUAAACUAUAACAAACUCUUAGAAUUCUUUUUAACUAUUUUUAUAAUUAAUUCAAUUAAGUUUGAUCAUAUAUGGCAGCAAAGUUUGGUCAUUUUUCAUAUCAUAAAUUUAAUUUUAGUUAAGAAAAUUCACGACGACACGACAUUAAUCAUUUUGUGAAGUUGUUUCCGGCUGAAUUAUAUGAUUAAAAAUCAGAAUAACAAAAACACUUUAGCAGAAAUAAAAGAAUAUGUACAAGGAUAUUCAAACUAUAAAGGAAAUUAACAGUAUGGAAAAGAUGAGAUCAAAAGUGCCGAAAAAGUGAAAAGAAGACAUAAAUAAAGUGAAAAGUGAAAAGCAUUUCAAAGCAAGUGCAUUAUUAUCAGCUGCAAACAUAAACAGUGUACUCACUAUACCUUUCUUCUACUUUGUUUUGAAUCAAUGGCUUUUGUGUUAUAGGAAACGUUGAAAGAAUCAAUCACCGCAUACGCAGAUCUCUCUGCUGCGACUUCUCUUACAUCUGUAACCUUGGGACUUGCCUUGUUCUACGCUAUUUCGAUGAUGUUAGGGUCUUCUGCUCAGCCACAGCAGCAAGUCUCAGCGGUGAAAGACAAGAAUGAAGUUACAACUACUUCAUCACCUCCAUGGGAUGUCUUUUUGAGUUUUCGUGGCAAAGACACUCGCCCAAAUUUCAUUUCACAUCUUCACCAUGCUUUGGAUCAGGCAGGGAUCGUAACCUUCAAAGACGAUCUUGCACUUUCAAAGGGUGAAGAAAUUUCAACACGACUGCGUCAAGCAAUCAGAGAUUCUAAGAUGUUUGUAGUUGUUAUUUCAAAGAACUAUGCUGAUUCGUCGUGGUGCCUUGAUGAGCUUGUAGAGAUCCUCAGUUGCAAGAGAACAAACAAUCAGGUUAUUCCGGUAUUCUACUAUGUUGAUCCAUCAGAUCUACGACACCACAAGGGGAGUUUUGGUGUAGCUCUUAAGAAGCACAAGAAGCGUCACUCUGUUGAUAAGAUUGACAAGUGGAAAUCUGCGCUGACUGAAAUCGCAGCUCUAUCAGGAUACCAUUUGAAAGACGCUAAAGAGAGUGAAGCAGAUACAAUUCAAAAUAUUGUUGAGAUCGUAUUGUCACAAGCAUCAACAAAGGUCAUACACCUUGAAAGAUUUUUAUUUGGGAUAAAUCAUGCUGUCGAAGAGAUAUAUGGACAACUAAGCAUGGAGUCAUAUGAUGUUCGUGCCCUUGGAAUAUGCGGAAUGGGUGGAAUUGGGAAAACAACGAUAGCCAAGGCCUUCUACAACAAGUACUCCCACAAAUUUGAUAUAAGUUGUUUCAUGGAAAAUGUAAAACAGAAUUCACAAGGAGCUGGUCCUCCACUUCCUUUACUUCAACAACUCUUGAAAGAGCUUCUCAGAGUGAAGGAUUUGAAGGUCCGUGAUUGUGAAAGUGCACUACGAAAGUUGAGAGAGAUUCUAAGUUCUAACAAAGCUCUCAUUGUUUUUGAUGAUUUGGACCAGUCAAAUUAUUCGGAAUUGGUAGUAAGGAUUUGCAAUCUGUUGUCAGAUGGUAGCAGAAUGAUAAUUACUGCAAGGGAUUUAAACUUGCCAAAUCAACUGAAAGUAGAAAUGUCAAAAGUAGAUACAUAUGUGGUGAAGCCUCUGGAUGAAAUCGAUUCACUAGAGCUCUUUAGCUAUCAUGCCUUUAAAAGAUCAAAGCCUCCCGGAAAAUACUUAGCUCUGUCUAAAAGCUUUGUUACUUAUGCGGGAGGCCUUCCACUAGCUCUAAAGGUGUUGGGUUCAUCUUUGUGCGGUAGGACUGAUGUGUCAUUCUGGAAAGUUAAAUUGGAAAAAGUUCAAAAAAUUCCAAUGGAAAAUAUCCAAAGCAUCCUUCAACUAAGUUACGAUGAGUUAGAAGAUGACACACAAAAGACUAUUUUCCUUGAUAUUGUGUUCUUCUUCCUGGGAAAGAAGAUAGAUGAGGCUAAUGAUGUAUUCAGAUCAUGUGAAUUUUUCCCGGAGUGUGGGAUACCAAUUCUAGUUGAGAGAUGUCUACUAAUCAUUGAUUCUGAUAAUAGGCUUCGAAUGCAUAAUCUUAUACAAGAUAUGGGGAGGAACAUUAUUCAUGAAGAAUCCAAACAUGGCGGGUGUCGGCGCUUGUACUUGGAAGAAGAUUCACAGGCUUUGCCCAAUCAGGACAUGGAUAAAAUUGAAGCCCUGGUGAUAGAUUGUACAAUGUCUAUCAACAAAUACUGCAAGGCCGAGCUAUUUGAAAGGUUGCCAAAUCUGAGAUUACUAAAAUUAGUUGAUGUCUAUGAUAUCAAAGGAAAUUUCAAAGCUUCAUUUCAUGAGUUGAGGUGCAUAAGUUGGCAUGGUUGUUCUUGGAUGCAUUUACCUUAUAGUGUUCACAUGCAAAAGCUUGUUUUCUUGGACAUGCCAUUUAGCAGACUUGAAACAUUGUGGAAGAUUGCUCAGUUGCCAUCCUUGCGCCACUUGAAUUUGGAAGGAUGCAAAUACUUGAAGGAAUUGCCCCAAUCAAUUGGACACUUGACUGCUCUAUACCAUUUGAAUUUGGAAGGAUGCAAAUACUUGAAGGAAUUGCCCCACUCCAUUGGACACUUGACUGCUCUGUACCAUUUGAAUCUGAAUGGUUGUGUGAAUCUAAAACGACUCCCCAAACCCAUUACACAAUUGACUACUCUGAGUUGUUUGAAUAUGAGGAAAUGCAGCAAUCUGAAGCUUUUGCCGGAGCAGUUGGGCGAAUUGAAAGGCUUACAGAGGCUUGAUGCAAGUGAAACAGCAAUUGAGCAACUGCCAGAUUCCAUUGCUCAGUUGAAAAAAUUAGUUGAUUUGAAUUUGAGCUAUUGCGAGAAGCUUAGAAAAUUACCUGAGCAAUUUGGGAACAUGGAAGGCUUGGAGGAAUUGCAGGCAUAUGGAAGUGGAAUCGAACAACUGCCAGACUCGUUUUCAAACCUGCUUAAAUUGAGAUCUCUGAAUCUGAGUUACUGUUCAGAGCUGAAGAGAUUGCCUGAGCAGUUGGGGAAGAUGCAGUGUCUAGAAUUUCUGUAUGCAUCUGAUACAGCAAUUGAAGAAUUACCGGAUUCUAUUGGAUCACUGCCUGGGAUAAGAAUGUUGGAUUUCAAUGAAUGCAAUAAGCUUACAUGUAUUCCAACUGGCAUCCGCAAUCUUAAAUCACUUGAAUAUUUAUGGCUUACCUCGGGUGAGGACAUAAAAGAAAUGGAGUUGAUUGAGGCUGUGAAUGAUAUGAAGUUGGAGUACCUGAGUCUGAGUUGCAAUAUAAGAGUUUGGUUGCCGUUCAUUCUAAGUUGUUCUUCUCUGACAUAUCUAAUUCUCCAUGAUGAGGGCGGGCGUCCCUUCCCAACCAAACCUUUUAGUUUCUUUCAGCUUUUCAACCUUGAAAGUCUUGAUUUGAUUAACUGUACAAGUCAUGGGUCCUCCUUUCCCGAACUACCACUCAAUUUAAGAACGUUAAAGGUAGAAAGCCACGCUUCACUAGAACAACUACCUGAUUUGUCCUACCUCAAACACUUGAAGAAAAUAUCCAUAAGGAGAUGCUGCAGCCUUCAAUCUCUCCACAAACUUCCACCUCAUCUUAAUUUCCUUACAGUUGCGGAUUGUACAAGCCUACAAGAAUUCCCAGAUCUGUCGGAGUUGAGAGAUUUAAUGUAUCUGACAGUUUUGCGCAACGGCAGCAAUUUAAAAGUCAGUUUAGAGGAGAAUCACCUUCAGCUAAGCAAAUUCGAAGCAAUUCUACAAAACCAGGAAAUUGCAGAGUGGUUCGAUUAUAAAAACAUGGAAGGGUGCACACUAUCUUUUCAUGUUCCACAACACUCGGGAGAUAACUUCGUGGGUGUCGCCUUCUGGGUUAUUUAUAAAAGCUCCUACGACAACGAUUUUAAAGUUGUUAUUACAAAUAAAACAGAGAAAACGACGACAACUGCCUGGAUUAAUGUUGGUCCUAUUGAUGUUGAUGGUAGAAUGGGUGACGUGGUAUCGACUAUAUAUUGUUUCAAGGAAGAGGACGUCUUAAAGAGCGGAGACAAAAUUAUGAUUUCUUUUGAGGAUGAUUCGGUUUUUAAAACAGAAGUGAAAAUGUGCGGAGCUCACAUACUAAAACAUCCUUUCCAGAAGAGCCUUCAGGCAUAGCCAAAUAGAAUGUUUGUAAAUUUUUCUUCACAAAAAUGUUGUAUAAUUAGAAAGCUUAAAUUUGGAUAAUUCGUCGAGAUUCAAAAUUUACCAAAUCAUAACGUUUAUUUGUCUUAAUAUAAAUAUAUAUUACUUCAUAUGCA